AUGGUUUUUGCUUCUUUCAAAAGCAAUCUUCUCUCCCUCACUGGUGCCAUUGUCAAUCGAGUAUGUUCUGCUGUUUCUUCCUCUGCUAUCAAGACCGGCGAAGAUGUAUUGUCUGCUCCUAAUUUCAAAGCUUAUGGUUUCUUGGAGGACAUUUACCACUUCAGACUUCAGCUGGCAAAGGAUAAUUCUUACUGUAUUAUGGAAGAGGUUGGUAAGAUCCCCGUCCAAAUCGAUUACAACUCCAAGGUCCAAUUCUCCUCUGUUGGUGAAGCCAAAGCUGCCAUGUCCGCUGAUUUGCUUGAAGCAUGCUGUUCUCCUUUGCCUGGCAAAUUCGAUAGUCCACAAUUGUAUUGCAAUAUGUCUCCCUACCAACAAAUGCUUGCUGAUAAACGUGCUGAUGAAGAAAGCUUUGAUUUUGUUGAAUACCCUGAUAAUGCUGAUGAUGAAACUAUUAUUGCCAACCAGCCAAUUCAAGAAACCAAUAUCAAUUUUCAAGAGGAGAAGGGCUCUUUGAAGUCAUUGAAGACUAAACUCUUUCAUCUCUCACAAAAGUAA